UGUUUCAUUGCAGGAUAGUUGAGAGCUACAGUGGUGUGUAUGUAUGUAUGUAUGUGUAAGUGAGUGAAAGAGAGAGAGAGAGAGUGUGUGUGUGUGUAUGUGAGAGAGGCCUUCCCCCGUAUAAUCGAGCCUCUGUCCGCGUAACUACGGACGGUCUGUAAAUGGAGAGUAGGAACUAUUUCACCAAGCGUCGGGAUUUUGCGAAGAAAAAGGAUACUUUAUACUGAGUCGCCAUUACAAGUCGGCACAAUGCCGGAUAAGGACGCGGAUUUGCCUGGAAAUCUAGGAACACUAUUAUAAGGCUCUUUCGGAAUAGCCGAUCGGAGCAUUUUUUUUUUCUUUCUUUUUUUCAUUUUUAUUAACCGAGUUGGGUGGAUGAUGGAUGGCCGAGAUUUCGGGCCCCCCAGAUCGGUGCAUGUUCCCUCGCCGUUGCUUUCGGGACUCGCCAUGGAGUCGCACCGACUCGGAGCUUCCUCCGCGCCCGGGAGGAUCCCACCGUCUCCCGGCCACCUGGGCGCGGGCCACCCGGCGGCCGCUCUGCACUCGGGGAAAUAUCUCUCUCCGACCAUUAACAUACAAUCCCACCACGGUGAUGCCUAUCCAGGUGCACCAAGCUUCCUCAGCAGCUACAUGAGCUCAUCCAACCCUCACGCAGGGCCGAGCUCCCUUCCAUCCGACCCCAGCUUCAGAGGCCCCAACCCACCCAGUCUGCAGAUGGCUCAGCUCUGGGCUUCACAUACUCAUGAAGGUUUCUCCCAUCUUCCCAGUGGUCUGUACCCUGCCCCCUAUCUUCCCCUGGGUCAUCUUGAGCAUCCACAACUAGGCCAGCAUUCACUUUUUGAGUCACAAAAAGAGGGGUUUUACCUUCCGGGCUCAGUACACUCUCAGCCUGCUAUUGCCAGGAGCCUUGUGGCUCAUUUGCCCAGCCCACUGUCCAGAGAGAAGAUGAUUGAGCUCCAGAAGAGCUCUAAAGAGUCAGGCCGGGACCUGGGGAAGGAAAAGCUUUGCAAAAGUGAGCCAGGCCAGUCGGUCCAGCACAGGGAUCGAAUUCGGGAAGAGCCACGGCCCCACAGCGUGGUUGAUCUCACCCAGGAUCCUAAAGCUGAGGAAGAGCGGCGAGUCUUUCAGCAGCAUUCACCUGCUCCUGAAGUUAAACCCAAAUACUCACACCAGCGUCCACUUAGCAACUGCAGAACAAUCAGUGGCCCACCAUCCAGGUACACAGGUUCGGAACCAGAAAGAAGGGAUCGGUUUGACGAAACUUACCAAGCCACCGUCCCCUCUUCUACCGACAAGCCAAAACGGCUUGACUCAGUGGCUACAUCUUUAGGCACUUUGCAUGUUGCUUAUGCCAGCCCCUCCUCCCUUCAGAGCAGUCCAGCACCACUCCCACCCAGAAGGGUAUCUUCUGGUGCUUACCCUCCCCCUCACCACAUGCCCUCAAGCUUGUACCCACUCUGCUCUGCCGCUAAAGAGCCAGCCAAGGAACACAGAGUGACCGCUCCUACUUAUGUGCCUUCUGUCGAAGUUUACGAUGAGCGGAAAGGGCCCAUUCAGAUCGCCUCACAAGCACGAGACAAUAAAACAGAUAAGAGCAGAGACAGGGAAAUGAACAGAGCACCCCAGCUGGUGGGGAGUGAGAGGACACCUGCAUCCUCUGUCAGGAGCGAGUCUCCUUGUCCCAGUGAGCUUAAGAGAGACAUUGUACGGGAAGAGGGAUCUGUGAUCAGGGCUAACAGUUUGGCUGUAAAAAGGCCACCUGUUUUAGAUUUGGGCACAAUCAAAUCCAGCCACAGCCCAAAUACCAAGGACUUACCCAGCACCAAGCACACAGUAAAAAUGGGACUGGAGACAGAAAGCCGCAUCCAAGAGCGUGAAAUUGUUCAAAGGUCCGGACACACUUUUUCUGGUCUGGAACCCACCACACUUCGUGCUGCAGAGACCAAAUGGAAGCCUUUUGAGAUGGGCAACUAUGCCACUAGCCACAUGGCUGCAUUGGCAGCUCAACAUACUCGUGUUCCCAGAGGAGAGGAUGAGGGCAAGCGCAUGUACCUGGAACAGAGAGGCAGCCCAGGAAGCCUCCAGGGCAAGGAGCACAGCGAGGUAUCUGCUAUGCAGAGCCUUAUCAAGUACAGUGGAAAUUUCUCUAGCGAGGUCAUGUCUAAGCAUGGUGCGGAUGGCCGUACCCCAUUUGGGGGACUGGGCCACCUGAAGCUGGAGGCACCACAGCAUGCAAGUGCUAAAGCACUGAAAAGGGAGCCAGAGAGACCAGAAAGUGCCAAAUCGUUAAACCGGGAUGGAAACUCCUCACAAGGGGAGGCUGAGGUCCGGCACCCACCAGUGGGUAUCGCGGUAGCAGUGGCUCGGCAAAGGGAUGACAGCAGCAAGCUCAGUUCAGUGUCGGACAGAGACAGACCAAUUCUGUCAAGAGGCAUCAAAGCAAGGUCAUUUUGCUCUCGGCGUGGAAGCAAAACAUGCACGAGGGGUGGAGCUGUGAUGGGCUUCCAUUCCUCAAGCCACUCAGCAGAGCGUCCAUGCCAGAGAUAUUGCGCAGACACUGGCCAUGAGCUGCACUAUCGCUUUGGCACAGAGUACUUCCUGCUAACACAUGGCCCAAGCCAGGAGGAAGAGGAACAAGGACAAGAGCGGACACAUCAUCACGAUAGCCGGCUCCUACAUGGGCGUUUGGAACAUGAGCAAGAGAAGGCAUUGAGAGAAAGUAAGGACUUGGCAGAGUACUCUCAGCUGCAUGCUCCCUUGGUGUCUGUGAGUGGCCUAAACCCAAAUCUGAUGGUGACUGGAGGUUCUGCCCUGGCAGGGGCAAGCCGGUGGCCUGCUGACCCCACAUCCCAUCUGACUACUUCCCAUCCUUGGCUGCCUCGCCCUGGACCUUCCUCUAUGUGGUUGCCUGGUUCUCCAUAUGGCCUGGGGGCACCUUCACUUCACCAGCCCUUGCCUCCAGGUUAUCCUACCACUUUACCUGGAUCCAUCCCUCAGGCCUAUCAGUUUGCCCGGGACCCGCAGACUGGACAACUGGUCAUUAUUCCCACUGAACACCUUCCACACUACACAGCAGAGAUGUUGGAGCGUGGCCCCCCACUGUGGCCAGCCGUGUACCCGCCAGCAGGCAGCUCUCUGCAGCACGCCCACCAGCUGCAGUUCCUCUCGCACCAGCAGCUCGUACGCCAACAGGAGCUCUACAUGAUUCAGCAGCAGGCUGCCCAGGUCAUGGAGUUACAGAGGAAUGCACAGUUUGUGGAGAGACUAAAAGAACAGCGGGCUGACAUGGAGGACAAAACAGAGAAGAGAGUUGGAGAGGGUACCAAAGCCAGCCUAUCAAGUGUACCUGCUUCUGUCCUGCACUCACGCAAGCCUCCUCUAUCUUCCCCAACCCCCUCCACUUCCCACAAGAAGUCUGUGACACCAGUAGCAGUCACACCGCUGCCCUCUCCAAUCACUUCCCUUAAGUCUGAAGAGAGGCCUAAAGUGGAGAGCACACAUCCACAGCAGUCACAUCCACACCCAUCUACCCCAGCCCCACAGCCACUCAGCCCUGCCUCUGCUUUGUCACCUCCCCCUUCUCCUAUCCACCCUAAACAGGAGUCUGUGGAAGUGUCUGACAAAGAGGAGCUUGACCUGCAUAAACAAGUUUCCGCUUCUUUCCCAUCUAUAUAUCCUGAAAUUCCUCCAGGCUACCCCUACCAAUCAAUAACGGCAUCAUUCGGCAGCCAUUACCCCUUUCUUCUCCAUCCAGCCACAGCUGCUGAUGCAGAAGGCAUGGCUCCAGCUGUGCCCCUGCAGGCUGAGGGGUCAAAGCGCUUAGCUGGCCCGGUCAGUGUAAAACCCAGUCACAUGUGUUCUCCAGUGGUGGCAGAAGUUCUGCAGGCAUCCAGGGAGCCGGAGCCAAAGCAAGGCAAGGAGACUGUUGUGCCAUUCAAAGAGGAGCCAGGUCUGGAGAAGAGCAAGGAAGUUUUGGGCCAGGAUGGUAGCGCACAGUCUGUCCACUCUGCUGCUUCAAUGUCCAAACAGGAUUCAUGUACCCUUGUUGAAGCAGUGGCCUGCUCUGUAUCUGCAGUUUCACCACUGCCUACGGAAAACAAAGAAAAACUGGAUGACAAGGCAAAUAUUUUUUCCUCCUCUGAGCAAGAGUUGUACCAAAGAUCAGGAUCUGACUUGGAUAGGAGCUUUCCAGCAGAGGUUUCAAAGUGCUCGCUCAAUUUGCCAGAGUCAGCUUACACAUCAUCAAAUUACACUGACAUGCAGCCCAUGGACUGCAGCAUUCGUCCCUCUGACUAUGCUUCAGUUCACACAGAGAGGCUCAUUUCUGUGCCUAAAGAACCCACCCUUGACACUCCAGACCUAGAAUCAACGCAUAGUGACACACCACUUCCAUGCUCCACUCCUCCUGUGCUCCUAAAUGACCCUGCGCCAGUAGGCAUUCAAUCUGAGGACCCCAUGGCAGGCAUGCUGGCACUGCUAACGGCCAGUGAGCUGCCUCAAUCUGGAGCCCUUACCAUCAUGUCUGAGAUGCCCCCUACCAGGAUAGUGCAGUACCCAGGAAUUAGUCUUUUGGAGUCUACUGCAGCUGAGGGUAUGGCCCUGCUUAGUCAAAUGGCCGAGCUAGAGCUGCAGGAACACCAGAGAGACUACAUGCAGGGCAUAAUGCACUGUGGAUUAGAAAGUCUCCUGGAGGCUGGGAGGCAAGUCCUCCUGGAGGCCAUCGAGUGCCAGUCUCAAGUGAGCAUCCGCCUCCCCAGGGAGCUUAACCCCAACAAGAAGUACAGCUGGAGACAGAAGAAAGAUGAACCUAUGUUCUCCAAAUCCUCUCUGGAGGGUAUGGAUGCAAUGGAGGUGGACUAUCGUGUGAGACUGGCUGAGCUGCAAAGGUGCUAUAAAGACAAGCAGGGAGAACUGAUCAGGCUACAGAGACGCAAAGACAAAGUAGAGAAGCUACAGCUCCAUCAACAACAACUCCUGCAGCAGCAAGAGGAAAGGAGCAGGAACCUGGCCAGGAGAGGCCCUGGUCGGCCCCGGAAGCGUAAGCAUGGCCUGUGUACUCUGUCUCCGCCUUCAGGCAAGCUGGAUGCCAACUGUGGAAAACUGGCCCAGAGUUCACAGUAUUCAGAGGACUCGGAAAGUGGAGAAGUUCUUAGGAAGCGAUUCCGCAGCUCUACGCGGGAGGAGGAAGAGAACGAGGACAUGGACGUUGGUAUUUUAAAGGCAAAGAAGAGGUGUAAGAGCUGGAAUGAGCAAGAAGCAUGUGCAAGCUACCCUAAUGAGGUACCUAAAACCGGCAGUAAAAAGAGCCAAGUAAGUGAGCAAGAGCAGUUGGCUUCAAAGCUCGAUAAGGCCUUGUCUUUGACUAAGCUUGGUAAACCGAACAAGGCUUCAUGUAAGUUUGUGGAUGGUUCUUCAGGAAAGUCCAGAACUCUCUCUGGGACCAGGCUGACUAUGCUGCCAGACAUAAGUGCAAGAAACAAGAUGGCAAAACCCAACCUGACCAAAGAUCUUGGUUUCUUUAACAAAUCCCCCAAAGGUGGUAAAAGCAAAAUGUCCAACAAAUUAAAGCCUUCAGACAAUUGCCUUAAGGCGAAAGGCCAGAGGAAAGCUUCCAACUCUCCAGUGAGGUCAGAGAUCAGCAGCUACUCCAACAACACAGAUUCAGAAGAGGACUCCAUGAAGGAUGGCUGGCCACCUCAUGCCAAGUUGGGUAGAUCAGGAUCCUGUGCACAGAUCCCAGGUCAUUACAGCACUCCAACUAAGAAGAAGCAUCAGUCAUCCAAAAGAACAACUGUAUCAUCCUCUUCAUCCUGUCUGAAGUCAAAACUUGGGAUGAAAGAAAGAAAACGGAAGCACUUUGCUUUAUUACUGCAAGAGGCAGGAAUCAGCUCCUCUGAGGACUCAUUUGAUCAAGAGUACUUUACGGAAAGGGACUAUUACGAGGAUGAGGACGAUGACGAGGACUAUUCCAAUGAACUGGAUGAAAUGAAUGGCCUGUGCUCUUCCUCGCUAGAGGAAAGUGGGUUAGGUCUGCUUGCUCGCUUUGCAGCAAGUGCAAUCCCUAGCCCUGUUACCUCUGGCCCCAUGUCCCUCGUUCAGCUGGAGGCCAAGCAAAAAGCAAAGAAAAAGGAGGAGAGGCAGAGUCUGCUAGCAUUUUCCAAUGCAGGAACGGAGUUCGAAUUCACCGAUUCCGAGAGUGACAUCAAGGUCCGGAAGUUCCCAUCUCUGCUUCAUGGUAAGAGAUCUGCCCCAGAGCUGCCUCUGCUACCACCGGCUAGUGUGUUGCGUGAGGACUCCAGCCCUGGCAAACGUGGCCGUAAGCCCAGAGCCCCAGCCGAGCUCAGCUUGAGCUUUUCAACCGAAGGCAGUGAUGAAGAACGCUGGAUCCGUCGCAGGAGCGAGCGCAUUUUCCUCCAUGAUGCUGCACAGGCUAAACCCAUCUCUCCUUCCAAGCCUACAAUGCCCAAACUGCCUCGUAGCUCAAAAGCACCCCUGCACAGCUCCAAGGACAUACCUAAAAACAAGGAGGCAAAGGCACUGGGAAAGAAGAAGAGAUUGAAAGAGCUCCCCCUGUGUCUGCCAGCACUUUCCAGCCCUCCCUCAGAGAGUAGGACAUCACUCUCUGUCAGCUCUGGACCCAAGAGCAAGAUUAAACCCAAAGCCAGAGAGGCCAGAGGAAAAGGUGGUGCUGUCAGCAAACUAAUGGAGAGCAUGGCUGCUGAUGAGGAUUUUGAACCUAACCAGGACAGCAGCUUCUCAGAGGAUGAGAACCCCCGUCUGAGCGCUGAAAGACCAUGUACCCCUGCCCCACGUAACUGCGUUCUUAAUAAGGAUGAGCUUCAGGACGGAUUGCGUGUCCUGAUCCCUAUGGAUGACAAGCUGCUGUACGCCGGCCACGUCAACACUGUCCACUCACCUGACAUAUACAGCGUGGUGGUUGAGGGUGAACGGGGUAACAGGCCUCAUAUCUACUGCUUGGAGCAGCUGCUGCAGGAGGCGAUUAUUGAUGUUAAGCCACCCUCUGUGAGGUACCUACCUCAAGGAACAAGAAUUGCAGCCUACUGGAGCCAACAGUACCGCUGCCUCUACCCUGGCACCGUAGUCAGAGGGAGCCCUGACAUGGACGAAGUGGACGAUUUGAUAACUGUAGAGUUUGAUGACGGAGACACCGGACGCAUUCCGCUCUCUCACAUUAGACUACUUCCUCCUGACUACAAGAUCCAGUGUGCUGAACCAUCCCCUGCUCUCUUGGUGGCUUGCACUAAAAAGAGAGCACGGAAGGGUAGUAAGGAUGUUCCUGAAAGCAAAGACGCAAGUCUCAAAACCACAGAUGAUUCUGCUCCAAAGAAUAAGGGAAGAGGGAGAAAACCAAAACCCAAACCCGAGCCUGAACUAGCUCAAAAGGAGCAUGAAAAAGCUGACCAAUCAGCCCUUGGUCUAGUGCAGGAGAGACCCCUUGUCACUCAGAAAAGUGGCCCACUGCUAGGCAGGAAGAGUCAGACUGCCAAUACAACCAUCCCUUCAACCCCCAUACCUACUGAAAGCCAGAAGAAAACUGCUGUAGCCAAACCUCCAGCCAAAGUACACUCACAGCCAAAGUCUGUCUACUCAUCUGCUCUCUAUGGAAAAGUUCUCUCUGUGGAUCUCUACAAUGACCCAUCUGCUUCAUUAGCUUCCUUUAUGUCUAACAAUGAAAGCGGGAAGACAAAGGCUGUCAAGAAAAUUCGAAAGAGUGAAGACGAUGGACCGGCAUUUGGGGUGAAAACCCAGCGCAAGCAGCCUCAGACAGAGAUCCUGAUCAAGUUAGACCACGAGGGCGUGAUGUCCCCCAAGACUAAGAAGACCAAAGCGCUGAUGAUGAUGGAGGGUCAGAACCGCACAAAGAGAGACAAUAAAGCCGUGAUGGGUGUUAACUACACUACUGUCACCUCCACUACACCUGCAGACAUAACACUGAAGCCCAAGACCGAGCCUGAGACAAUUAAUUCGGAUAACAUGACAAGCUACAGUAUCCGUAAGCUUGGAAGUAGCACAGACAGCUGUGUAAGUGUGAAGAGUUCAGGAGAGAAGGAGGCUCAAUCAGAGAACUGCAGCAGCAGCAGUAGCAGCAGCUCAGAGUCUGAUGGAGAGGAGGAAAGGACCCCGCCAGAAACAAAGAGCAAACAAGACAGCAGCUCCACCAGCUCCCGUGCAUCUAGUCCCACCUCUUCCAGCUCCUCUACCAGUAGCUCCUCUUCUACGGCAGGAUUUAAUUCAUCAUCAUCGUCGUCUUCCUCAUCCUCAACUACAAGUGAUGAAGAGUCUUCCUGUAGCUCAGAUGAGGAGGUUCCUGCAGCUUCCCAGCCCCUGUCUCCUCAAGAGCAACUUCCAACAGAGAAUGAUGAAGAUGAUGUAGAAGAUAAAGCAGAGGUAAAGGCCGAGGUCUCGACACCCAAGGCCCAGAAAGCUCCCACCAAACAGCAGGCAAAGCAACAGAAGCCUCAGAAGGUGAAGAAGAGCGUUGGGCGGCCUAAGCGGAGAGAGGGCAUCCACCUGCCAACUACAAAGGAGCUAGCUAAGAGACAGAGACUGCCCUCUGUGGAGAACAGGCCCAAGAUUUCGGCUUUCCUCCCAGCCAGACAGCUGUGGAAGUGGUUUGGAAAACCUACUCAGAGACGAGGAAUGAAGGGCAAAGCAAAGAAACUCUUUUAUAAGGCCAUUAUGCGAGGCAAAGAAAUGAUUCGUAUUGGAGACUGUGCGGUUUUCUUAUCUGCUGGACGGCCUAAUCUUCCAUUUAUUGGUCACAUCCAGAGCAUGUGGGAGUCUUGGGGAAACAAUAUGGUGGUUCGUGUAAAAUGGUUCUACCAUCCUGAGGAAACCAACCCUGGAAAGAAACUUCAUGACAAAAAGAACUGGGAUCAGAUGUCUGGAAGGAAUCUUGCUGUUGUUCUGCAGGCAUCCAACCAGAGAAAGGAUUUUAUGGAGCGUGCUCUGUACCAGUCCUCUCACGUAGACGAAAACGAUGUUCAGACCAUCUCACACAAGUGCUUGGUGGUUAGCCUGGAGCAGUAUGAACAGAUGAUUAAAACUAAGAAGUACCAGGACAGUGAGGACCUCUACUACCUGGCUGGCACUUAUGAACCGACUACUGGUAUGAUUUUCAACACUGACGGUGUUCCUGUCAUCUGCUGAGGAGUGCUCUUAUCAUCCAGCUGCACCGCAGGAAUGAGCUCAAAUCUUUGUAGAAUGUGUCGGAGAGCUAGAUCAAUGUUGGAGCCUUUCCAGAGCGACUGAAUUCACGGUAAUGUUCCUGAACAAGACCAUUGUUUGUCUGAGACUGAUAGUAAGCAUGAAGAUAGACGUGGAAUGUAUUCCAGAUGACAGCAGUAUACAGUCUGUCAGUAUUGCUAAAGUACGUUUGGAAGGCAAAUGCAUAGUGUGUGUCUAACCUGUUAACAGAGGACCAGACUGGUUUGGUUAUAAGAAAAUUAUAAGAAAGAAAUGAGUGCGCAUGUCAAAACCAUCUUUAAGGUCAAACAUGUCAGCACAGCGGAGAUCAUCUGUUGCUGACUGUCAGAAUCGGAAUGGGAAUUGAUGCAACAUCAACUUGGUGGGACUGAAUCUGCUAAAGAGAGGGCUGCUAAGAACCAAAUUCAUGGGCCCAGCUUGUGGUGGAUGUGAUUUGAACUGACAAGACAUGUCACACUUACUACUCCAAUCCACCUAGAGAAGCUAUCCAUACUAGCACUCGGCUGUCCAGCGACCUCCUGGUAAAACUGUGCUGGAACUUAAUGCAACGACAGCCGGUUAAUGACCUUGGACAUCUGAUAUAACCCUGGACACUUACAGCUACAGGCGUACUGACACUGGCAUUCUUUCUGCGCUACAGAGUGUUCAUUCGCAGGAAAAUGGGUCACCUUUCUAGUCCAGAAGUUCUAUUGGGAUAUUUAUACGGGCCUGUCUUCUAUCCAGCAAGGCAGAAAGGACUCUCCGUUCGAGUUGCACGCUGUCGUGCUCUAAACCAUUGUACAGAUAACUACAAUUGUACAUACACUAUAAUAUAAAUAUAUAUACACGAUAUACCCACAUUUAUUUUUCAUGUACAAUAGAUUUAUGUGAGAGUUAUUUUUUAAAGUGGUAAAAGGAAAAAAAGAGCUUUAUUAUACUGUGAAUCAAAGAUCAAAAUUAAGUGAAAAUCAGGAACUCGAUUAUGAGGAUCUCAGAAAUUGUUACUGGAAAUCUGAAAUCAGAUACUCCACUACAUUGAUGAUGCAGUGUAAUUUUUAAUUGUAAUAUCCAGGAUACUAUUACAGGACAUCGUGGUUUCAGGCCAGUUGUCCAAUUUUGCAUUUUUGAACAGAAAGCACUUAAUUCUACUCUUCCCAUCUCUUGAAAGAUGAAAUUUUAUUUGUAUUUUUUAUUAUUAUUUUUUUUGUUUGUUUUACAAUCCCCAGUGCAGGCAACAGAAAUAUAGCCACGAAGGACACCACCUGGUUAGCAUAUUGCUGUUUCCGUUCUCAGCAAGCUUGUGUGUGAAUGUGGUCUUGGUUUUGUUUUUGUAUUUUCUUUUUACGUUUUUUUUUUUAAGCAUUCCUUCUUAUCCCUUCCCCAAUCUACUUUUUCCAGAAGCAAUUACAUCUCAUGCAUAAAAGCACUUUGUUAGAAUGUACUAAUAGCAGAGCAGCACAGCAAAGUGACGUUAGAGAGAGUUGUCCGAAAGAGUGGAAGUUCUUAUGCUGAAAGCUACUGUACGGCUGCUUCUCUGUGUCUUCCCUCUUUUUGCUCUCUCGUUCCUGCACACAGCUGUCGUUUGUUUAUGCCUAAAACACUUUAAGGGAAAGUUGUGUUUCCCCAAAUUUCACCCAGGCAGCUUGUUGAGUUGUAAACAGUUGUUCUGAUUGGUUUGAUGAAAAUUUUUUGCAGCUUUUUGAGUCAGUGUUUUUCAAUGUUAGUGAUGGAAAACAGCAGUCCAAAGCCUCUAAAAUGAUCUUAUUUAUGACAUCAACUAAUUACAAAUGCACUUUCCCCCACACACACACACACCCACCCCUAAAUAGUACCCUUUGUUAUUUCUUUGUUUCAUCCUCACUGUUAGUCAUGCAUGCAAGCACUCCCACAACUCACAAACCAUAUAGCCACAAAAAUAUAUGAUGUUUCAAGGAAAAAUAUUACUGAGAAUAUUUCUAUAAAUAAAUCACCAUUAUAAAGCUAUUAUGAAUUACAUAUAAAUAUCCAGUGGUUCUGUUAGUAGUUCCCAUAACGCUUGUGAACAUAAAACACUUGGUUUCUAUAACAAACAAAAACCUGACUGAGCUAUUUCUCAUCUAAACACACCGUAUGACUGUUUACUUCUCAUCAAGUGAAUUAUACAAAAAUAUUGAAAAUAUCAGAAUUCCCCUUUAAGUCCCUUUAAUUUCCUCUUUCAGUCCCUCCAAGGCUGAGUCAUUUUUGGCCCAGUUACAGGGAAUUGAAUGUUGCUCUAUGUAAAUAGGUCUUGCUGAUCUCGUAUUCCAAAGAAAGAGCCAGUCAUCACCAGAGGCUCUCAUGUACGCCAAUACAGGACCAGGCUGUUUAUUCUCUGCUCCUCUAAUCAAGACCAAUCAAAUGUAUUUGAUUCGUGGAAUCUAGAAAACACUCAUUGUAUAAAAAGUUAGAUUUGCUUUUUGUUUAUUUGUGCCUUCUGUUGUUUAAAGAUUGAAUGUAGUCUAUUGUCUAAAUAUUGGACAUGUUUUUAUGUCCAGAAUGAUGCAUGUAUU